UUUCAUGAUUUAAAUUUAUAAAGAUGUCAACAAAUACUGUUCAAAGAAAUAAACUUCAAUUAUGAACAAGUCAUCCCCAUCAAACUGAGCUUUCAGAUUCAUCUUAACUCUUCUGUUCUGUACUGAGAAAAAACCAACUCCUCGACCAACCAAACAACUUAUAUUAUAAUCCAAUCUGUACAAAUUCAACAGAAAAACACAGAAAAUUCCUUAAGGGGUUAAGCCUUAAGGGAAGAAAAAAGGGAGAGAGUGAGGAAGAAGAAGGUCAGGAUCACCCUUCACAUAUCUUCUUCUUCUUCUUCUCCGCCUUCUUCUUCAUCUUGUUUGAUCAUUAACAAUGGGUGGGCAUAUCUCAAAGCAGGUUGAGAAGAGAAAAUCAAUAUCAACAGAGAAAAAAACUUUAGUUGAUCUAAAAGAAAGUUGUGGCUGUGAUUUUCCAGGUGCUGAUUACCACCCUUCUGAUAGAAAAAACUGGAUGGCUGGCCUUGAUCUUGGGAAGCUCACCAUUAACAAGAUUGUAUGGCCUGGUACUCAUGAUUCUGCCACCAACAAGAUUGGCAUACCUUUCAUUUCUCGGCCCUUUGCUCAAUGCCAAUCAUUGAGUAUUUACGAGCAGCUCGUGAAAGGCGCUCGUGUUCUUGAUAUCCGAGUCCAGGAGGAUCGUCGAGUUUGCCAUGGCAUCCUUAAGACAUACAGUGUAGAUGUGGUGUUAGAUGAGGUGGAGAAAUUCUUAUCAGAAACUAAGUCAGAGAUCAUUAUCCUUGAGAUCAGGACAGAAUUCGGGCAUGAUGAUCCACCUGAUUUUGACAAGUUUCUCAUAGAGAAACUUGGAGAUCACCUUAUUCAUCAAGAUGAUCAUGUAUUUGAUAAAACAGUUUCUGAGGUGCUCCCUAAAAGGGUUAUUUGUGUAUGGAAGCCAAGAAAAUCUGCAGCCCCAAAGAAAGGUGGUCCGCUUUGGAGUGCUGGGUACUUGAAAGAUAAUUGGAUUGAUACCGACUUGCCAUCCACGAAAUUCGAGAGUAAUUUGAACCAUUUGGCUGAUCAACCUCCUGUCUCAUCAAGGAAGUUUUUCUACCGGGUGGAAAAUACUGUAACCCCUCAACCGGAUAACCCGAUUUUGUGUGUGAGACCUGUAACGGAUCGGAUUCAUGGAUAUGCAAGGCUGUUUAUAAAGCAGUGCUGUGAAAGGAAUAUUGCUGAUCGAUUGCAGAUUUUCUCUACUGAUUUUAUUGAUGCUGAUUUUGUAGAUGCUUGUGUUGGCAUCACUAAGGCAAGAAUUAAAAACAUCUAGGCAAGCCAUGAACUUUGUGAUGUCAAUGUUUACCCUUCUCCUUUCCUUCCUUUCUUAAAUGAUGUUCACUUGGGUGAGUAUGUGUUUUCUGUUUGAAUGUAUUCAUCUGUACAUUGUGUGGUGAUGUGGAUUUCAAAAAGUAAUUCAAUAUAGAACUUGUGAUUUUAUCUGUAAGUACAUUUAUUUAGACAAAUCUAUAUAUAUAUAUAUAUAUAAAACAAGGUUUAUUUUGCUGA